UUUUGAGGGCAAACGUAGCGAGUAUUGCGGGAUGUAAAGGCAGUGCAUAUAAGCAGGAGAGCUUUGAGCUUGGUUCAGUCUCUUCACAAGGUUAAUCAGUAUUUCGCAAUGAAGUUCGUGAGGCUUAUUACGAAGAAUUCGGCCUUGGCCAGCGUGCCUAAACACAUCGAUCACUUCUCGAAAUUUUCACCAUCUCCUCUGUCUAUGAAGCAGUUCCUUGAUUUCGGUUCAACAAAUGCAUGUGAGAGAACUUCAUUUGUCUUCUUGAGGCAAGAGCUCCCAGUGCGUCUGUGCAACAUUAUGAAAGAAAUCAACUUACUCCCAGACAGGUUACUUACUACUCCGUCAGUUCAGAUGGUCCAUGGCUGGUAUGUUCAGAGUUUGAUGGAGAUCCUCGAUUUCUUGGAUAAAAGUCCCACUGACCACCGAAUUCUAGGAGAGUUUGUGGAUACCCUGGUGAAUAUCAGAAAUAGGCAUAAUGAUGUUGUUCCUACAAUGGCCCAAGGUGUGAUUGAGUACAAAGAAGCUUUUGGACAAGAUCCUCUCACUAAUCAGAAUAUCCAGUAUUUCUUAGACCGCUUCUACAUGAGCCGAAUAUCCAUCCGUAUGCUUCUCAACCAGCACACCCUAAUCUUCGAUGGUGCCACAAAUCCUGUUCACCCCAACACCAUUGGAAGUAUUGAUCCUCACUGUCAAGUAGCAGAUGUUGUGAAAGAUGCCUAUGAGAGUGCCAAGUUGCUCUGUGACCAGUACUACCUCAGCUCUCCUGACCUGGUGCUGCAAGAACGCAACAUUAACGACAUGAACCUGCCUAUUAGCAUAGUGUAUGUGCCUUCCCAUCUCUACCAUAUGCUGUUUGAGUUAUUCAAGAAUGCUAUGAGGGCAACGAUUGAAAACCAUAAUGAAGGCAUAAGUCUUCCACCUAUUGAAGUUAUGGUGGCUAUUGGUGGAGAGGAUCUUUCCAUCAAGAUGAGUGACCGGGGUGGUGGUGUCCCUUUCAGGAAGAUGGAGAAUCUUUUCAGCUACAUGUAUUCAACAGCCCCAACUCCUCAGAUUGGCCAGCAAAGAACUCCUCUAGCUGGCUUUGGUUAUGGCCUGCCAAUCAGUCGCCUCUAUGCAAAGUAUUUCCAGGGAGACCUCCAGCUCUGCUCUAUGGAGGGCUAUGGCACUGACGCUGUUAUUCACCUGAAGGCUUUAUCCACUGACUCUGUGGAAAGGCUUCCAGUGUAUAACAAGACGGCUCGACGGAACUACAAAAUGAGCCAGGGAGCAGACGACUGGUGUGUGCCAAGCAAAGAGCCGCUGGACCUGGCAAUAUUCCGGCUGGCCAAAUGAAGACCUUCUGUUUGUCUGGAGUCUUUUGGCUCAAAAUAAAGACAGUCCUAGCUUUAGGGAUCUCGCAUGGAGACCAGGGAGAGCAAUAUGGUGUCUGUUUGAAGCUGGACCCUCAACAUGAAGCCUUCAAGUGUCUCAUGUCACUAGUUAAUGCAUGUAAUGGCUUAACAUCUGCACCAUAAUCAACUCAUGAAUAGUUUUUUUGUGGUUUGCAAAAUCUUUUUUUUUUUCCUCCCCCCAUAGUGUUACCUGUAGAACAAGCAUGCAUGAGUAAGGGUGUCAAAAAAAAAAAAAAAGCCAAACGGUCAGUAGAAGGUUGCAAUGCUUUCUUAUGAAAAGUGGAGUAUUAGUGUGGGAGAGCCUGAUCUGCUAACUCUGUUGGUGUGUAGGUGGAGGGCAGUAUGAUCUUACAGGGCAGAUGGUAGAGUCAGUGUGUAGUAUAAGGCCUGAGCGGUGCAACAACUUGAGAGCCACGAUAGAAAGGGCUAAACUGAGUUGUUCUUGGAAGUCGAUACAGCGAUUUGUGAAAGAGUACAUGAGAAGAUCUCAGUAGUGUUGUAAUGUCAUUUGGUGAUUAAUGCAUUCGUUACAGGGAUUAUUUCCAAGAACAUCCAUCUUCCAAGUCAGAGAUGAGGAGUCCACAGUGAUUAGAAGAAAAGUGGACCAUAUUUAGAGACCAGAAUUGAAAACCUUUGGGUUCAUGAAUCAUCUGAGUGAUGUGAUAUGGUUGUAUAACAUAGUUAGACAGAAUAACACUUGUGCAACGAUGCUUCGAUAGAAACGAAUAAAAGGACGUUCGAGUGUAAUGCAGCAGUUGAAUCCAUUUUAACUUUUCUGUUUUUAAAUUUUCAAAACUAAUUCUCUUUUGCUAUUGAGUUUGUUCAUAUGUAUUCUCUGUUAUGUUGUACUGCAGUAUCGUAUUCUUAAUGGUUGUAUGUAAGGCCAGACAAGAUGUUCUCCUAAUUUGAGAAUUUUCUAUACCUCAUCUUUUGGAAAUGUAUUUACUGGAACAAACCAGCCGUUCUGAACUUGAACCAUGCAGCCCUUUUAAUUAUUCUUUAUGUACAUCAUGUGUGCUUAAAUUUUAUAUCUUAACUUCAUGUCUGAAUGAGUUGUAUUUUGUGAUAGUCUAUUUUCCACUGUAUCUAUAAUGAAUGUAAAUAUAAGCGAAAUAAACAUGACAGUUCAUUACAUA